AUGACCUGGUGCCGGGCCUCGACGAAGCAGGUGCAGAGCCUCACGGCGUCGAAAGAGGCGCUUGGGGAGGCGCGCAAGGCGGCGGCAGACAAGGUCGACGCUCUUGGCGACGUUCGAAGCAGCCUGGCGGAGCUCGAAAGUGCAUUGGCCAAGCUGAACAAGCAAGUGGCGAGCCUCAGCGCGCGCGCAGAGCGCAAGGAGGUGCAGGCGCGCAAGAUCAGGCGCGAGGCCGUCAAGCUCCGCAAGGAGGCCGACGCCAAGGCAGCCGAGCUGGCAGAAGCAAGUGCCGCAAAGGACGAAGCCGCCGGCGAGCUGGUCACGCUCGAGGCAUCUGAACAAGCUGCGCAGGAUGCGGUGCACCAGCUUGAGGGUGAUGUGGCGGCGGCAGCAGCGCGGUUGCGGGAGCUUCGGAUGUCGCCGGAGGACAAGCUCGCUCGCCAGCUUGCGGCUGCGCUAGCCGAGCUGGAUGCCGCCGAGACUGCACGCGAGACUGCCAAGGAGGCCGCCGAGACUGCGAAUGCCGAUCGCGCUGCCGCUGAGCGCAAGCUCGAGGCAGCGACCGAGGCAGCCGCCGCCGCCGAGGCCGCCGCCGCGGCGGCCAAGGAGGCAGCCGAGGAGGCAGCCGCUGCGGUUGCAGCCGCAUCGUCGUCGUGGUGGUAG